AUGAGCGCCUGGUUAUUCAUCGUCGCAGUUAUCAUUAACUGUAUUAACAUGUUCGGUCAAGUCCACUUUACUAUCCUAUACGCUGAUUUGGAAGCCGAUUACAUCAACCCAAUUGAAUUAUGUUCUAAAGUGAACAGAUUGAUUACUCCAGAGGCAGCAUUGCAUACUGUCUUAUCCGCCCUAAUGUUAGUAAAGGGUUUCUGGGGUGUCUUCUUAUUGAAUUUGCCAAUCCUUGCCUUCAAUGCCAACAAAUUCUACCAUAAGGCUCAACUUUUGGAUGCCACAGAAAUAUUCAGAACUUUGGGUAAGCACAAGAGAGAAAGUUUCUUGAAAUUGGGAUUCUACCUAUUGAUGUUCUUCUACUACUUAUACAGAAUGAUCAUGGCUUUGAUCGUUGAAACUGGUAACGAUUAUUAG